UUUUAGAGUCAGUAGUAGUGUACAUGAGAUGAUAGUUGUCUAAACUACGUCAUGCACUUCGAGACUCUAUAUUUCUAAUGAAGUGUAACAAUCAUGCAAUUACCGUUAAUUAGGAGCCUUCAAGCAUGAGAUCCUCACCUUCUCUCUCUUUCUCUCUCUUUAGCCAUGUCUCAGAGCUUUUGCAUUGCAUCACUCUAUUUCCAUAAAGCCUUUGUUGUUGUACUCUCAGACAUUUCUCAGCUUCUUCUUCUUCUUCAUCUUCUCUCUUGUGUGUGAAUACCCAAAAAAUGGGAAGGCCACCAUGUUGUGACAAAUCCAAUGUCAAGAAAGGUCUCUGGACCGAGGAAGAAGACGCUAAGAUCCUUGCUUAUGUUGCUAUCCAUGGUGUAGGAAACUGGAGUUUGAUCCCCAAGAAAGCAGGCUUGAAUCGAUGUGGGAAGAGCUGUAGACUGAGGUGGACUAAUUACUUAAGACCUGACCUUAAACAUGAUAGCUUCUCUCCUCAAGAAGAAGAGCUUAUCAUUCAGUGUCACAGAGUCAUUGGCAGCAGGUGGUCUUCGAUUGCGCGAAAGCUUCCAGGGAGAACGGAUAACGAUGUGAAGAACCACUGGAACACGAAGCUGAAGAAGAAGCUGAUGAAAAUGGGAAUAGAUCCGGUGACUCAUAAACCAGUGUCUCAGGUCGUUUUAGAAUUCAGAAACAUUAGUGGCCAUGAAAAUGCAUCCUUCAAAGCAGAACCAUCAAACAACUCUAUACUCACACAAUCCAACUCAUCAGCCUGGGAAAUGAUGAGGAACACAACAAUGAGCCAUGAGACUUAUUACAACAACUCUCCUAUGAUCUUUACCAAUCCCACUUCAUCCGAAUUCCAAACUACUCCAUUCCAUUUCUCUAACCACUCGAAUCAUUUGCUCAAUGGAACCACAUCUUCUUGCUCUUCCUCAUCAUCAUCUGCUAGUAUCACUCAGCCAAACCAAGGGGCUACUAACUUCUGCUGGAAUGAUUACCUUCUCUCGGAUCCGGUCUUACCUCAGAACUCUCAGAUACAAGUAGUGGGAUCCUCAGCUACUAGCAACCUCACUUUUGCGCAAAACGAGCUUCAUUUCAACAGCCUAACCGAAUGCAGCUCUCAUAACAACAUCGAUACAAACGCCUCGGGAACAAGUCAUUCCGCGAGUUCAUUUGUUGAUGAAAUAUUGGAUAAAGACCAAGAAAUGCUGUCACAGUUUCCUCAACUCUUGAAUGAUUUCGACUAUUAGAUCCUUCUUCUCGUUCUUUGUUGUUGUUGGUUCUCUUGU